UUAUUGUUGUUGUAGUUGUUGUUAUUGAUGUCGUCGUGUUGGAUAGGACAGAGAGAAAUGGAGAGAUGAGCGGAAGAAAGAUAGACACCUGCAGACCUGCAUCACCGCCUGUGAAGCGACUCCCCUGCAGAAAUGAAAGCUCAUUAUCAUCUACCCUGAAGACGCUCCUGUUCUUCACAGCUUUAAUGAUCACUGUACCUAUUGGGUUAUAUUUCACGACUAAAUCUUAUGUAUUUGAAGGCGCCCUUGGGAUGUCCAAUAGGGACAGCUAUUUUUAUGCUGCUAUUGUCGCAGUGGUCGCCGUCCACGUGGUGCUGGCCCUCUUUGUUUAUGUGGCCUGGAAUGAAGGUUCAAGACAGUGGCGUGAAGGCAAACAGGAUUAACGUGGACAUCACCUUUUGAGCGCAUUAAAGUGAAUUUUUUAAAUGCCACCAGGUUCCAGAUGCUAACAUGAUGCCAACUGGACUUCCAUGGGCAGACAACCACACCAAUGUGUCCUGGAGCCCUGCUUCCCCAGAGCCCCACCCUACUAGGGAAAGAGAGAGGCAGGCUGGGAGUAUGGAUCCACCUAACAACUCCCAUGUUCAUCAGGGAAGCAAUUACAGAAGCCAGACCUUCCACCUUCUGCAUCCCAUAAUGACCCUGGGUCCAUAUUCCCAGAGGGAUAAAGAAUAGGAAAAAUAUCAGGGUGGGGGGUGGGGUGGGAUAUGGAAUUCUGAUGG